AUGAAGUAUUCGGUUUCGCUGAUGCUGGCUCUGACCGGCCUCGGUGGUCUUGUUGAUGCCGGCUCCCUCAUCCCCCGAAAGUGGAAGUUUGACGGCAGCACCUGCGACGCAAACAAGCAAAAGGUCCUCAAGGCCGAGUUCAAGUCCGCUGCGCUGAUGGCGUCUAUCGCGUCUCUGAUCCCCAAGGACGACUUGUACUACAAGACCUUCAUCUCAGACCUCCACCAAAGCAUGGGCGAGGGGUUCGCAUCCAACAUCAGGAAUGGCUACGGACGCAUGGCAAAGAUGCUGCAAGAGGAUGAGGAGGGUUACGAGAUCAAGGUUACGUGCGAUGACGGAACCGAUGGCUGCAAGAAGAAGUGGUUUGCUCACAUGAACGAUGGCAAGCACACGAUGAACUUUUGCAACCGCUUCUUUGACUCGAGCAAGGGCAUCAAGUCGACCGAAGAGAGGAUGGACAAUUGCGACAAGAUUGACCUGCGCGACGCGCAACGCAGCCGCUCGGCCAUCAUCGUUCACGAGGCAUCGCACACCAACUACGCCAUGCUGGACACGGACAGGUCAAAGGACUAUGCGUACGGCUUCAACGGCUGCUAUAAGCUUGCGAAGGGCGCCUUCAACCGCGACUGCGUCGAGUACAAGGGCGGCAAGGUCCUGUGCCCGGACCCCAAGGACAGCAGCAAGGAGAGCUGGUGCCCCGCCGAGCUUGAAAUGAAGAACGCCGAUACAUGGUCCUUUAUUGCUGCGGGCUUCUACUUCAGCAAGGCCUGCAAGAGGACGAUUCCGCUGCCGCCCCUUCCCCAGCUUCCUGGGACCCCACCCAAGUCGUCUGCUCGCAGCACCCGCGAUGAGAGGAUUGCUCGUGCUCCUCUGGCUCCCAAGUGCAGACCCGACAACGAUGCUCUCGUCAUUGAUGGAUAG